CACCUGUCAUCUUAAAAGUGUCACUGUUGUCAGUCGAGUCGAUCAUUAAUCAUUGAUUAUAGUGGCGCAGAGUGCAGGUUUUUAGUGACGCCUAGACGACUUGAGAAUGCAUUGAAUUAAUUUUCAUUCCGCAUUGUGCAGAUUAUUUAUUUCGUAAAACGGAAGAGAUUUUCAUUCCCUACCAACCUUCAUUUUCGCAAAGGGCUGGCUCGCCUUGGGAUUGAUAAUUUGUAAGUUCAUCGAUAGGUAUAUCAAAGAUCCUGUGACUGAAAACAAUUGAAUGGUGCUAUUAAGUUUGACACAAUUUUCCGAAAGUGAUAUUUGGUGAUAUGUUCAAUACACAAAAAUACAUUUAAUCUUUCAAGCUGGACCUGGAAUUUGAAAAGUUAAUGAGAGUAUCUGAGGGCUUACCCUGUAGUUAAUUUGGUUCCCUAGAUAUAUAUUCUAAAUUUCAUCUAUCAGCGUAAAAACUUGGUAGGUAAAUUAUAAGUGCAGGAAUCAUUUGGAAUAAAAAAUUGUGAGAGAUAUGAGUCGAGGACAAGCAGGACCCCGUAUUCAAGUUCCAGACGAUCUGCGUGAGGUCCUUCUCGAAUUCACUAUUAGUUAUUUAUUGGAACAACCUGGGGAUGUUAUAGCGUAUGCAGCAGACUACUUCACAAGACUUCGAGAGGCUAGGACAACAUCACUAAUUUAUGAUGGAUCUAGAGGUCCGGAAGAACCACUUUCACCAGAUGAAUCUACCAUAUCUAGGGAAGAAGCAAUACGUUUACCGAGACUUGCAAGUUUUGCCUAAAUUGGGUUGUGAAUUGUGCCGAAGAAUUUUGUCAAACCUUCUUUAAAAUUAUGGAUGUUCACUUUAUUAUAUUGUACAUGGAUAAAUAAAUGUUUACCACAGUAA